AUGAUAACUACUAGAGUAAACGAACAGAAAAAUAAUUUCAUAGGAAGAAGUAUUUCUGGAAUAUCAAUGAAAGGCAUUAAAGACACAAUAUUUGCAUCUACAAAAGAACAGAUUAAUUUAAGAAACAAGUGCAUACUAAUUGGUAUAAUAGUAAUUAUAUUAUUAGCUAUAGCAGUAUGGAGGGUACCCCGCAUAAUAAGAAAUUUCAAUAUAACUCAAAAAAUACGUGAGCUAUAUAAUAAAAGAAAAGAAAAAGUAACUGCAACAGAAACAGAAGCAGAUAAAGCCGCAGCAAAGCUGGAGCAGGAGAUAAAGGAGCUGGAGAUGCUGGAGGAGCAGGAAAGGCUGAAGCUGAAGGGGCAGGAGGAGCUGGUGCAGGAGAGGCUGGCGAGUCUGAAUCUGGAGAUAAAGGAGCUGAAGAAGCUGGAGAAGCAGGAGCUGAAUGAGAUGAAGAGACUGGAGAAGCAGGAGCUGAAUGAGCUGAUGAGGCAGAAAGAGUGGAAGCAGGAUCUACUGGAGCUGGAGCAGGAGCAGGAGGAUGAUCAGAAGUGGCUGGAUAAUCAGAUGAAGAAGGAGCUGGAGAGGCAGGAGAAGCGGAAGAAGCUGGAGCUGGAGAUGCAAGAGACGCAGAUGUUGAUGGAGCAGGGAAUGCAGGGGAUGUAUGAGAAGCAGAUGAUGUGGUUGGAUCAGAGGAGGAUGGAGCAGGAGAAGAAGAGGCUGGAUGUUCAGAUUCGGGGGAAGAGAAUAACGAUGGAGAACGAGAUACUGGAGAAGAACAAUCAGGAGUGGCUAGAGCAUCUGGAGUGGAAGAAGCAGAAGGCUGCAGAGGCUGGAGAAGAAGAAGCAGGAGAAGCAGAGGCUGAAGAAGCAGAGAGCAGCUGUAAAUAAUAAUGCAAGAAGUAAUUAAAAUAAGCUAUGUACCCACAUUGUGGAAAUAACUUAACUUUGGGCAUGGAUGG